UAAUUUUUCCAACUCAUUCAAAACAUAUAAAAAGAAGAACAUUACAAAUGGGAAAAAGCAAGGUUCUUGUUGUAGGUGGAACCGGUUAUAUAGGCAGGAGGAUUGUGAAAGCUAGUUUAGCUCAAGGACAUACAACGUAUGUCCUGCAACGAUCGGAGAUCGGCCUCGACAUUGACAAACUACAAAUGUUGUUGUCAUUCAAGGAGCAAGGUGCUCAACUUGUCGAGGCCUCGUUCUCCGACCACCGGAGCCUAGUGGAGGCCGUGAAAGAGGUGGAUGUUGUUAUAUGCACCAUGUCCGGGGUGCAUUUCAGAAGUCACAAUAUCUUGUUGCAACUCAAGUUGGUUGACGCCAUCAAAGAAGCCGGAAAUAUUAAGCGGUUCUUGCCAUCAGAAUUUGGUAUGGAUCCAGCACUAAUGGGAGAUGCAAUAGAACCAGGAAGAGUGACAUUUGAUGAGAAAAUGAAAGUGAGAAAAGCGAUAGAAGAAGCUCAUAUUCCUUACACUUACAUUUCUGCUAAUUGCUUUGCUGGUUAUUUUGUUGGCAACCUGUCUCAACUUGGAACUCUUGUUCCUCCUAAACACAAAGUUUGCCUGUAUGGAGAUGGCAAUGUUAAAGUGGUGUACAUGGAUGAAGAUGACGUGGCAACAUACACUAUAAAAAGCAUAGAUGAUCCAAGGACAAUGAACAAGACAGUGUACCUUAGACCACCAGAAAACAUUCUGUCUCAAAGGGAAUUGAUAGCCAAGUGGGAAAAGCUUAAAGGAACAGAACUUGAGAAAAUCAGCAUCUCUGAACAAGACUUCCUAUCUUCCAUGAAAGAAAUGGACUAUGCUGGGCAGGUAGGAGUGGGACAUUUCUACCACAUAUUCUAUGAAGGUUGUUUAACUAACUUUGAAAUUGGACAAAAUGCUGAAGAAGCCUCUGCCCUCUACCCUGAAGUUCGUUAUACUCGUAUGGACGAAUAUCUAGCACGCUAUCUUAAUUAGCUUUUCUCUUCAAUUUCAUCGAUAUGUUUGUAUUUCGCGUUUCUUCAAAAAUUUCAGCAAAUAAUGUACUACUAUGUAAUAAUCUUGUGUGAACAGAACAAUAAUCGAUAAAGUCAUAUAUAGCUACUUCUAGAGUUCAAAUCGAAAUUAAUGGAAUCUUCUUUGAGCUUAUAAAGAUUCAUAUCCAUCUUUUGUUCU